CCACCGAAAAAUGUCAGAAUAUCCUGUCGUGUCCCAUUUCCGUUCCACUGAUUUGAUUCAGCCGUUAAAGGAUGAACAACCGGACACGGUACAUUUCAAGGGGUCGUUCAAGCCUCGUCGCUUCAAGUCCAACCCGGAUCUGGUGGCUUUGAAGGCCGUUGAGCAGAACCGCUUCGAUCGGAUUCCAUCGCCUCCGGUUUGCGGUCCGGAAGUGAUGUUGAUGCACCGAAAGUUGAACAAAAUCAAUCCGCGGCUUCGUAGAGUCGAAAAUACCUGCCUGUUCGUCCGGCCACGCUCGUUGGAUGGCAAAGAUUGCAAUGCCAAAGGAGCGGCUAAAAGUCAACCGAUUAAUGAAACCGCUGAGAUAGAGCGACUUUGCCAGGGAUUCUCCAGUCAAAUGUCGGUGAUGAAGUAAA